AUGGAUGCUGAUAAUGAAUUUGUUUUCACAUCUUUGGAUGCCGGUGAGCACAAGUUUUGCUUAACCCCGACAUAUAUUGAUGGAACCAAGGACAAACAACAUAGGAUUUUUAUCGAUAUCAUCACAGGAACAGCUCAUGAUUACGUCGACUCCAAGUCCACGCACAAGGUCGACGCCUUGACUGCUCAGGUGCAAGUUUUGAACAAGAAAUUGGCAGGAAUCCAUUAUGAACAAGAGAGUAUGAGGGAAAGGGAAGCCAUAUUCAGGGACCAGUCAGAAUCCACAAAUUCAAGAGUUGUUAAAUGGACUAUUAUUCAAUUAAUUGUCUUGAUAGGUACUUGCGUCUACCAAUUACGUCAUUUGAAGAGCUUCUUUGUUAAGCAAAAGAUUGUAUGA